AUGAUUAAGUUACUAGGAUCUCUGAAGGAUUACAUUAAAAUCCCAGAUAUUACUACUGACAGCGCUGUUUUUCGGUUACACAAUUUGUUUACUGCAGCUUUGUUAAUGAUGUGUUCACUCAUUAUUACUGCCACUCAAUAUGUAGGUAAUCCAAUCCAGUGUAUAGUCAAUGGCUUACCCACUCACCCUAUUAACACGUUUUGUUGGAUUACAUCCACUUUCACAAUGCCUGACGCCUUUCGAAGACAGGUUGGUGUAGAGGUUGCCCAUCCUGGAGUAGCCAACGAUUUUGGAGAUGAAGAUGCCAAAAAAUACUACACAUAUUACCAAUGGGUGUGUUUUGUGUUAUUUUUCCAAGGCAUUUGUUGUUACACCCCGAAAUUCUUGUGGGAUAGUAUUGAAGGAGGAUUGAUGCGGACUAUUGUGAUGGGCUUGAAUUUUGGAUUAUGCGUCGAAAAAGAAAAGGAAAAAAAGAAGAAAAUGUUGCUGGAUUAUCUCCUUCGGCAUGUCAAGAGGCACAACUCGUAUGCUGUGAAGUACUGGAUGUGUGAAGCUCUAUGUCUGAUCAACGUGGUCGGUCAGCUGUACCUGAUGAACAAGUUCUUCGACGGCGAGUUCCUUAGCUAUGGACUUCGAGUAAUGUCCUUCACGGAGCAGGCCCAAGAGGAGCGGGUCGACCCAAUGGUCUAUGUCUUCCCGCGAGUGACCAAGUGCACGUUCCACAAGUACGGAGCCUCCGGCACGAUUCAGAAGCACGAUUCCCUCUGCAUCCUGCCGCUGAAUGUGGUCAACGAGAAGACGUAUAUUUUCAUCUGGUUCUGGUUCAUGAUCCUCCUCGCUCUUCUCAUCGGGCUGGUAGCCUACCGGGCGCUCAUCAUCGCCGUGCCUUCUGUGAGGCCUCGACUCCUCCGCACGCGGAACCGCAUGGUCUCCCUCGACGUCGCCGAUGCGAUCUCGAAGAAGACCGACGUUGGCGACUGGUGGAUCCUUUACAUGCUUGGGCGCAAUCUCGACCCCCUCAUCUACAGAGAAAUCGUCACCGAAUUAGCCAAAAAAAUCGAAAUCGCUUUCAGUAAUCGCUAACUACAGCUCUUCCUCUCAUUCUCGGCCUAAUGGUAUCGAACAGACUAGUUUCGAACAGGGAAACUUCCAAAGAAACUUAUCAUUUUAUAUAUUGAGUUAAGAAGUAUUUUCUGUCGAUUUCUAUGUAUCUUUAAGUUUCCCAAUACCUUUUGUUCCAUAAUUCGUCGUUUGUCAGUUGAAAGAACGUAAUUCCAUUUCAAAGUUUCAGAAUUGACUUUAAAAAAAUCAUUUUUUACAAGAUAAUGACUAUGGUUCCUACUUGUGUGCAAAAUUCUACCAAUUUUUCCGUAAUACCAAAAGGGAAACGAAUGAAAUUUUUAAUUAGAAACGUUCAGAAAUCUAGUAAAAUAAUAAUUUGAGAGCAGAAAUUUUGCAACCUUGAGAAGUAGCUACGUUCUUUCAUCUGGGGAACGACUAGUUGACACGAACUUUAAUUUUGAACGUUUAGUUCGAACUUCUAGCUGUAGUUGAAUUUUCAGAUGUGCAUUUGAAUCUCUCGUCUCAAGCCCCUUUCCUAUUUUCUUUACCAUCCUCUUCUUAACUUACCGUCUAUGUUUUUUUAGGUGAAAACGGUAUGAGAAAUUUUCAAGGAAAUGGAUUGCAUUUAAGUUCUUGUGAGUAAAUUUCGAAUACCACUCAGAGGAGAGUCAUCAAAACUCAAACGAAUUAGAAGUGUUCCUCAACACUCCCACUUGACGCACUGCCACCAGAGGAUUCCUAAUGCUUCUUUUCAUGGCCCAAAGUUUUUUGCAAUUUCCCAUUUUCGAUUUCUAUCCUGUUAUUACAGCAUUGCGGAAUAGUUGAAUCGUAAAUGUUUACCACUUUACGUCCCCCUCCCUCCCCCACAAAACAAGCAUAAUGCAAACAGAUUUCAUCCAUCUGCGCACAAAAAAGCUUCCCUUAAUUAAGAUGAGAUUUUGAGCUAAACGUCCUUUGAAAUGUGACGUCAUAUCGUAUUUUCCGCUCAAUAUUUUCUCAAUUAUUUAUACAGCUUUUUCAGUGCAAGUUUGAUGAAACGGAAAAUAGGUUCAAUACGUCCUUUAAAAUAAUUUGCUGUCAAUUUGUUUUUUCCUCGUCUCUCAAUAUCUCCCGUCAUUAGUUCAAAAUAGAUAUUAAAGUAUACAUGUAGGUAUCAAAAUAUUUUAUGAAGUCAUUGAGUUUUCACUUUUUUCUCAGUCGUUUCUAUCCCUUUCCUUUUUCAUUACUUUUCUAGGUUUAUUUGUACAGUUGUUCUAUGUACAGUAUCUGUAUUGCAUUAAUAGUUCCAGUCGUCUAGUGUUCUCCUAGCUUAAGGCAAUUAACAUAUGACUUGAACAAAUUGUUGAAAGUUUUCCAUUGUUGGCAUGAUUAAUUUUGCUAUAUUUCAAAAUAGCGGUCGCUACUAAUAUUAUACAAAGAUGCGAACAUGGACCACCAGCGUCUGUGUAUCGAAACUGCUAUAGGAGUUUACUUAGUUGCAAGGCCAUUAAUAUCAGCUGAUUUCCCAUGUUUGCCAGAAGCGGCGUCCCCCGUGGUUGACAAAUCGAUAGAUGCGCGAGAUACACGUUGAUUCUCAGAAUCGAGUUAUUCGAUUCGAUUAUUCCACUUAUUUUAAGCGGGCGAGUUUUUGCGCCCAUUGUAGGUCGUUAACACAUGUUACUGACCGAUCCCGCCGAGCAGGCGGACCUCGAUUGGCUUGGGCUGGUCCUACACUAGAGGCAUUAUUCGUACGGUAAGUAUGUGUGUGUGUUAUCUCGAAAACUAAUAAAGACAAUGAAAAUAUCGGCGAAGAGUGUGUGUUGCGUGCCUGUAGCAGUUGCGCUGUACUCUCAGCUUUUGAAAAAGUCGUUUGUUAAAUUUGGUUCAUCGUCUCGAGAGUGACUUCAUUUUGUUAGCGCCCAUCUCUUGCUAUCGCGUGUCCGCGCUGCGGAGUUUGUCUGGUAAUAAGUACAUUUUCCUACUUUACGGUCGUGAUACAAUUGAUUUGUAUAAUAUUGAAAAGUUCCAAGUUGUGAAUAGGCUCAUCCUACUUUUCAGCGUUAGCUCUACCUGUUUAACACCCGUUUCUUUACGUAGUAGCAGUUUUUGGAUUUCAUCUUACAAAAAUUGCUUAUUCCGUCGUUGCAACCAUUUCUUCACAGCCUCUUGUAAGUUUGCGUCGGUGAAGAUAUUUGUUUAGCUCUGUGAUAUUUGUGAAGCUCUUUCUUGACCCAUGGAUAAGCUGAAAGUCCCUUGGAACAAAGUCCAAUGUGAGUACGGUGGAUGAUGCUUGCCUAAGUUCUCUCUUUCACAAUAUCUUGCAGCAUUGAUCGAUCUUCCUCGGCAUCUUUUCAAUCAAUCAGCAACAAUCUUUAUAAUCCCCUGGUGAGGGAACGUGCUCUUCUCAUGAGUUCCGCAACGCACACAGGUUUUUGACACGUGGCAACUGUAGGUAUGGUCACGGAAAAAAUUAUGUUUUUCGCGAAUAAAUGGACCAAGAAACAAGAGUUUUUGGGGAAGGUGAGAUUAUAUCGGGGGAUACGUUUUUUACAGAUUUCAAUUAUCUUUAUUAGUUUCGGAGAUAAAACAAACAUAUACUUACUUUACGAAUAUCCCCAGUACCUAUCUGCCCAGAGGGACUUAGAUGACCUCCUUUUCAAAAAUCUUUCUACCCCUAACUGGAAAACUGUCUACCGUUGAAGUGACUAUACUGGCAAUAUUUCUACUGAAAACUGGCAAACCAGAGAACCAUCUAGGUAACGCUAAGGUGACUUCACCAGAAAACCUUUUCACCUCUAAGUUAGCCCUUAGGUGCAGUAGUAUUUCUAGCAUCGCUUUUUGCUUGGCACACACCGGAAAUUGAAUAGUAACACUUGAGCCAAUGAGCAGAGGUUCGAAUUUUCUCUCACCCAUUUGAAUAAUCUCAAUAGCCUCGAUGGUGAGGUUUUGGAUAGCUUUUCGCUUAGCUUUCCCAUGUAAUGCGCUAGUGGACGGCAGCUGAGUGUCGGGCUGGGCAGACUUCGAGCCGUGGCAACAAGUACCUACAUUCAGUUUACAAUACAACUUCUGGUAUUAUUUCAGAAACCAAUUCUCUCAAUUAGCUAGAUUCAGGGUAUCUUCUGGCGGGGGGGGAGGGAGGAAUUCCUUGCGUGAAUUAAAGGCACCCAUUUUUGUGCGCGCUAAGAGCUGUAAUAUAAUGAUUUAGGCACCGAAUUUAAAAAUGUAUUUGCCUGAGUGUAAAUAUACUUUCACAUUUACUGCCCGGUGGUUUUCCUACCAUACAUUCGUACGAUGUUUUUUGUAUAAAUAGAUCCAGAUGACUUUUAAUCACCAUCAUGCUGUAUUUCAAAGAUUCAGCAUCAGAUUCACCACGAGUCUCCCCAGUUACCCACUCCUUGCACCCUCUGAGCAAGUUUAUUGAAACGUUUAUUCACCUUCAGUACCUAGAGCUGUGAUCAGGCACUAAGCAAAUGAGUCUGUAAAAUUACCAAUUGAUCAUUCACAGACAUAGAGCUCAACAUGACCCUAGAUCCUACAUGAAACCUUCCCUAAGAAAUUUACCGUUUUUGAACCCCGAUUCUCCAUGUUGGUCUCAAUGUUUCGUAUGAAGCUAUGAGUAACACCAAGGUCACAAUGCUCUCUUUCGUGCAAGUUCCUUAAAAACCAUCUAAGUAGGGGCUAACAUCAGUGGCUUGCAAUUUCCACAGUAGAAGAGACAGCAAAGAUCCUGGUCGAAAACAAAGAAACAGCACAUGAGAUGCGUAGAAAAUACAAAUCGUAUUCAAGCAGUAGGUACAUUUGUUUUAUGCGUAUUAAAUUCCAUGUUUGGAUGCAAGUAUUUAAUACUGUAUAAAAUACGUAUUAAGUAUGGUAUCCUCUUGUUACCGGAUCUGAUACUUGUAUUUUGGCUACUACGCAUUAGGCUGUGAUACGAAAUCAAUACCUUGUCUGCUUGCUCUCCUGAAAUACUGUUAAGCUGCCAAGUCACCUCGGCGGUAGAAAGUUUUCCAGUUAGCGGUAACAAAGUUUCCUAGAUCAGCCCAAUAUCAAUCAAAUUGGGCCCACGUACAAGUGGUUGGAAAAAAACGUACACAUCUUUGAGCAUUUUAGCCGAUCCAAGUGCGCCCUGGCUGAUCUGAAUUUGCCUGUGCUGAUCUAGAUCCAAUGGAUGCAAUUUUAGCUGAAGCUCUGCAUAGACUCACAACGGGUCCCCACUUAUACCAAAAUUUUGGCAUACAGGUAACAUUGCGAAUGUAUAGGUACCGAACAGUCCAUAAUGAGAGUAAUACAAGGAACUGCCAGGUUUUCAAUCAUGAUGUGUAUUCUUGUGUUCAAGAGCUUCUUUUGCCAAGCUCCAAACUCUGUGGCCUUAAAACUACAUGUAUUCAUAAGCUCCACCGCUUGUUUAUUCUCUUUUAUUUCAUAAGUGUUUAUCUAUUCAGAUUUUAAAGACUUUAUAUCUUUUAAGAAACGUCUCUCUUUUUUCCCUCUUGUUCCAGUUAUUCAAGGCUGCUAAAAUCAUUAACUGUAAACUCUAGUGUAUGAAUUUAUCGUGAAAUAGCUGAAGCCACCAAAUAGAUACCUUUUUUAGAAGACAGAAAUCAGUUUAUCUUAAAUUACGUCUUCAAUGAGUCGAUACUGGUGUCAAUGGAUCACUUGCUAUUUACUUGCUCACCUAUUGUUCUUAGCAUUUUCAGAAGAAAGAAACUUCGAACACCAGCAGGGAGUUAGUGAAUUUUAGUACUUAGUAAUAAAUUUUGGUCAGGUGUAGGUACAUUUUAGACCUGAUACCCAAAAUUUAGAAGAAUCAUAGGUUUAAUAUCCGACAAAUUGUUCAAACACGCACCAAUUCCUUUGCUGGGAAGGCACAGAAAUCAUCCCACGUUACCGUUUUUUACCCUUCCGCCGCACUUUAGCCAGUAAAGCCCCCUCCUUCCCAUUACCUCCCUACAAGCAUUCAUUAUAAUCUGCUUUCUAAGUCAUUGUAAUACUGCCCCAGCCAUACCUAUUAAAUCGGUCCUUGAAACGUUGUUAAUUCCCUCAAACGAAGUCGACCUAAUGCGUGGAAGGGAAUGGCGUUGUCUGUUGAUCUAUCCUUUGCAUGUGCACCUGAUAAAAAUAUGUGCCAGCACCAAACUAAUUUUACUACUCAUUCCGUAGGGAGCGAAAUCAGUGGCAUGUGUUAGAAAGGAGUGAGCGUCGAGGUGUAAAUAUCUUGGGUUUUAUAAGCAUGAUUCACUUAAUUGUUAGGCUGCAGCAUUAAAAUUGAUUUUAUUUUGAAAAUAAUUUCCAUUUCUUGUGAGCCAUAAUAUCAUUACUACUUCAUUCAGUUACUUUUGCUCACAACCUAUCAAGAAAAAGGGGUAGCUGCUAGAAUUUGUACUUGUAUUAACAAAAUUUAUCGACCUGUUUCACCUCCCUGCAGUAUCGUAGACUUCUAUUACUACUUUAUUUAACAGGAAAGCACAAUGACUUUAUUCUUGAAAUGUAGUAUUAGUCUAGUCCUAUUUGCCUCACUCAGUAUUGAAUAGAAAAAUUGCGUACUGUUUACACAACAACGUCGAACCCUGAUAGUGAAUGGAUCAACAAAGGAUUGCAUUUUUUAAUAUCUCUUAAUUCUUAUAAUUUGUGCUUUUAUUUAACAUUCCUUUUGCUUGGAAAUCAUUUGCAUUCAAUCAGAUCCUAUGAUCCUUUUUGUGUGAACUACAACGUUAGUGUAAAUGCUAUGAUUAAAAAAUCGAACUCUCUCUUUGUUAAGAAAAACCAUGUUUCAUUGUAUCUUGAUUGUAAAUUUUGUAAAAUUAUGGUCAUUCUCUUUCAUAACCUGAAUAAUCAUUUUUCGAA